AUGUCUGCCACUCCGGUCUUUACCAAGAACGCAGCGGCUCCUGCCGGCCCUUACUCCCAAGCCAUCAAGACGCCCAAUGCCAUUUACUGCUCGGGCCAGAUUCCGUGUGACGCCGAGGGCAACCUCGUCGAGGGCACCAUCCAACAGAAGACAGCUGCCUGCAUUAGCAACCUCAAGGCCGUCCUGGAGGAGGCUGGCUCGUCCAUCGAGAAGGUGGUCAAGGUCAACGUCUUCCUUACUGACAUGGCCAACUUUGCCAACAUGAACGAGGAGUACGCCAAGUGGUUCGUCCACAAGCCGGCUCGGAGCUGUGUUGCAGUGAAGCAACUGCCCAAGGCCGUCGACGUUGAGAUUGAGUGCAUUGCCCUCCCUUGA